ACAGUACACACACACACACGGGCGUACACACACACAUCCGCCGGCGCCAUGGGCUGUUGUGACAGGAGGUGUGGGCUGAUCUCUGGAGCUGUGUUUGGGGCGUUGGUGGCUGUGCUCGGAGGCAUCCUCAUCCCCGUAGGAAACAUUGUCAUUAAGGACACUGUGGAGAAGGAGGCUGUCAUCGAGCCUGGCACGACAGCCUAUGACAACUGGGUGUCUGCUGGGGCAGUGGUGUAUCGACAGUUCUGGUUGUUUGAUGUGAAGAACCCCCUGGAGGUGCUUGAGCAUGGAGCCAAGCCUGUGGUCAUGGAGAAGGGACCCUAUGCGUACAAGACCAGGUACUUGGCAAAAGAGAACAUAACAGCCUUUCCCAACCACACUGUGUCCUUCUUGCUGCCAGCAGGGGCCAUCUUUGAUCCCUCAAUGUCUGUGGGACCAGAGGAGGACAUGGUCACUACCCUCAACUUGGCUGUGGCUGGUGCGUACACAUUGGUUCCUAAGCUGUUUCACCCGGUUUUGGAAAUGUAUAUCAAGAACAACAACGCCUCUCUCUUCCAGCGCCGCACAGUCAAGGACCUUCUCUGGGGUUACACCGACCCCAUCCUGAAGGGAACUGUGGGCAUUUUUGCCCCUUACAACGAUACCUAUGAUGGACCCUACAAUAUCUUCACAGGGAAGGAUGAUAUCUCCAAAGUCUCUACCAUUGACAUGUUUCAGGGUAGGAAGGCCGUGCCUUACUGGAAUGACACAUACUGCAACAUGAUCAAUGGCACAGAUGCAUCCUCGUUUCCUCCUUUCCUGGAUAAGAAGAAGCCUUUGUUCUUCUUUGUGUCAGACAUCUGCAGGUCUGUGUCUGCCCAGUAUGAGUCCAGCCAGGACCUAAAGGGGAUCCAGGUGUACCGUUACACUCUGAAUGAGAAGACUCUAGCUGCCCCCUCGAUCAACCCUGACAACCAGUGUUACUGCAAGGACCUUCUGUCCACGAAGAACUGCACCGUAGGAGGAGUCCUUGGCGUCGGUGAAUGCCGUGACGGCACCCCGGUCUACAUCUCCCUACCCCAUUUCCUGUACGGCACUCCUAGCUUGACAGAGGAUGUACUGGGCCUGAGUCCUUCCAUAGAGCACCACUUCACAUACCUGGAUGUAGAGCCAACCACAGGCUUCACUCUGAGGUUUGCCAAGAGGCUUCAGGUCAACAUGAUGUAUGGACCCUCAAAGGUUAUCACUGUAUUGAAAAAAGUGAAGGACUACACCAUAUUCCCUUUAGUUUGGUUAAAUGAGACUGCAUCGCUCGAUGAUGAGACAGCAGACAUGUUUAAGAAAGAGCUGCUGUCCCGUGUCCAGCUGCUGGGCAUGGUGCAAAAAUCUCUGAUAGGCCUCGGGACAGCCAUAUUUGUUCUCUGUAUGGUGGGGUACUGUAUAAUGAGACGAAACAAAAAUUCAAAAAUUGUGUGAGCUGAAGUUCCACAAUCUAUGAAUGGCAUAGAAGUCAACAAGCUGCUAUUGUGCCUCUGACCUAUUUUGACAAAUAUGUAGCCAUUUUUGUAAUUUUAGCAUAUAAUGCUAAACGUUUAUAAUGUUCGAAAAGCAUUGCUUUGAUACGCAGAGGAAAUACUGUGAGAAUUUCAAAUGAUUUGUUUUAAACAUUGUUAAUCUGUUUGGUAUGUUGGGAUUUGUAGAUGAGGUUUCCCCUGGACUGUUAAUGUAAUUCUCUGUGCUGGAUUCCCACUGUGAGAGAAAGGUACUCUGAUGGGGUAUUAACGUUCAGAUGAAAAUAUGUAAAUUCAUUCAGUUCAAUGUUGAACUGUGAGUCAUAAGUAUUAUUAAAAGGAAAAUAGUUUCUUUUUUUUCAUUUUAUGCUGUACUCAAAGGAUCUUUUAAAGGUCUUAACACGGCACAGUCUCAAUCCAAACCAGACCAUUUUGGAACAAAACCCUCCAUUGUGCACUUUAAAGCAAUAUCAUUCAGUUCACUUUUCACCCCAUGCGGCCUGUAAAUCAAAACAGGAAUAAAAUCAGUCUAGGAGAUGAUAAUUCUGUGGUUCAGCAUGUCACCUGGGUUUGUUUGGUUAAAAAGAAUUGUGUGUUGCCCGACUGAGGAAACUCUUUAGUUUUAUGGGUUUUAAAUGGCCCACUGCAGGUUUCCUGUGGUUAUGGGUCCUCAGUUAGUCUGAGAUAGAGGCUGACAUCCACAUCCAUUUAUUCAGAUUACCAGGGACAUGUCUGGAUGUCCUGACCACCUCUCCUCUCUCUGACCACGGCUACCAUAACACAGUCACAGGUGCCCAUCCUCUCACACAGUGUGUUCAGUGAAAUAUUUAGUCAAGGGAACUGUACAGUAGUGGCUUGGUUAUGAAUGACUCCUUUUUGGACAGAACGUGACUAACAUAUAAAAACUUUAUUGUGGUUAAAAA